UUAUUUAGUGAACCCCGUGUCCGGAGUCACCUUAAGAAUGUGUACGCCACCCUGACAAUGUCCGUCAUGGCAUCUGCCACUGGAGCAUAUGUUCACCUGUUCACUGAUAUGCUCCGGGGAGGAGGGAUUGUAUUCUCUCUACUUGGAGCUGGGUUAGCUCUAGGACUCUUCUUCACUCCAGACAAUGGAAAGAAUAGACCAGCCAGACUUGGAAUGCUCCUGGGGUUUGCUUUCCUAACUGGACUCGGCCUCGGCCCUCUUCUCGACCUCGCGAUCAUGAUGAACCCCAGCAUCGUCCCCUCAGCCCUCAUGCUGACCUGCAUGGUGUUCGCCUGUUUCUCCGGCGCGGCUCUGUUUGCUCCGGACGGGAAGUAUCUGUAUCUGGGUGGAUCUCUGCUCUCUGGACUCUCAACUCUGUUUUUCCUCGGACUCCUCAACAUCUUCUUCAGAUCUCAGCUACUGUUCCAGGCUCAUCUGUAUCUCGGCCUAGCAAUCUUCUGCGGAUUUAUCAUGUUUGAUACUCAAGUCAUCAUUGAGAAGGCUCGUCGUGGAGACAAGGACUUCAUUGCUCACUCCCUGGACCUCUUCAUCGACUUCAUUCAGAUUUUCAGGAAGGUUCUUAUCAUCCUCAUGCAGAAGAAGACUAACAAGGAGGAGAGCAAGGACAAGAAGAAGCGUUGAAUCAGAUAAAAGUGGCUGCGUGAGAUUUUAUUAUUAUCUUGAGUGUUACCUAAAUAAUCUCACGCCAGCAAUCGGAAACAUUCCUCUAAUUUAUUUAUUCACUCGGAGUUUCGGAACUUCAGAAAUUCGAACUAAUGAACUUUUGGAAUUGCGGAAAUUCAAACUUAUGGAGUUUCGGGAUUUUUAAAGUUCUAUUUCUCAAAAAUUGAACAAAGGGUUUCAAAAUUCCAGGAUUUCCGAUUAACUCAAGAGUUUCGCAAUUCUAGAAAUGCUCUGUUUUGCGAUUUCGGAGUUCCGACAUUGCAAAAAUUUAAAUUGUCACUCUCAAGUAUCAGUCCACGAAAAUUAUGUCGUAAAUCUACUUAUUUUUCUGUGUAUUUUUGUAAUUGGAGUAAAAAACAGAAUAAACGAUUAUAUAUGUAA